AUGGAGUCCCCCAUCACCUCUGUCCCCCCCUCCCUGAUGGACUCCCCCAUCACCUCUGACCUCAAGUGGGAGCCGACCAUCAGCUCCCUCAUCAAGAAGGCCCAGCAGAGGAUGUACUUCCCACGGCAGCUCAGGAAAGCCAAGCUGCCUGCACAGAUGUUGGUGCAGUUCUACACGGCCAUCAUCGAGUCCAUCCUCACCUCCUCCAUCACCUCCUCCACCACCUCCUCCAUCACCUCCUCCAGCACCUCCUCCAUCACUGUGUAG